UUUCAUCUCCCCGGCGUGUCCAAAGAAAAAGAGGCAUUUUCGCAGGCGGAUGCGAAAUACGCCAAUGAAUCUGAUUGAAUCUGCGCGCGUUUCGACGAAGUUGGCCUCACCCAGCCCUCCAUAACAUGGACCGAUUUAGGGCACGUCCCCUUCAGACGCUAUCUCUCACUUCUCGUCCGCCCUCACCGCAUGCCCUUGCCUGGUCAUGCGAUGCCGAGCUCGCUAUUGCAACGCAAGAAUCCAUUUACAUAUUCUUGCCCGACUUUCUGGGCGGCCACGAUGCCGAUGCUGAUGAGCGAGAUGCCUCUCAGUAUCAAUUUGCAUUGUCUCUCCAGCCAUCCUCCGUCAUAAACCCCAACACCAGGAUCAAUGGCCAGCUAUGUGCCCAGGCUGGUGUCAAACUACCAGCUCCCAAAACCGGCGAGGAGGGCAACUUUAGAGGCGUUGGCAACGGCGCAGUCACUGGGUCUGGAGCGGCUCUGGGACAGGUCAUCAGGGUAGAAUGGUCGCCAAGCGGAUUGGGCUGCAACUCGCGGCCGGUGCUGAUGGCCUUGACAACUACCGGAAACUUGAUCACGUUUGGAGAGCAGGCUGAUAGCCAGUCAACUGCCACAUCGAGCAUGAGAACGCGGACGUUUAAGAACUGGCGGAUGCUAUGGGGUUUGGGUGCCAAGCUGCCCAUACCCGAUUCCGAGUCCAAAGACGGCUAUCGGACCAUGGACGAGCGCAUCGUGUCUUUCUCAUGGGCCGGGGAGAUUGCGCCAGGAAGGGCCUUGUUGGCCUACAUGAAUGACUCGGGGCAGAUUAUCGUCAUGAGUGUUCAGUAUCACCUGCGACGAGACACUUCAAAGCGUGGUUCCGAGAAAGAAUGGAUUUGGACGUUGACGCAGCACGUUAGAAUCGACGGUAGCGGUCCUCAUAAGGAGGCGUCAGAUCCACACGACCCAGAUUUCACCCCUCAAGGCAGCGCAUUUUCUAUAAAAUGGAGUCCCUGGCUCAUCGAAGAUGGGUACAGGACGGCAACUAUUGCAUAUAUUGCCAAGAAUCAUGUUGGCUUCCGGAGAAUCAUACUAUAUGGCGACUGGGAAAGGGGUCAUCUUCCCGAUGUGGUAUCUGAGAAAAGCGACACCACCGGCAUAUGCCUGUCCCUCUCCAGUGACGCCUUGGUUGAGUGGGAGGAUGCAAUAUGGACUGAAGGAGACUCUCAUAUUUCUCGGGGUAUUGUAUCGACUCCGUUUGCUGUUAAGCCUUUUCAAGUCGUGCUCAAUGGUCCUUUGGCUGAGCCGGCACCUCCACACUCUGUCUGGGAGUGUGCCUCAGCAUAUCCUGAAUCAGAUGAACCAUCGACAAAUCCCAUCACAGGACUCGUUGUUCACGAUCCGGAUCCUGAAAACAAGCCUCCAGUCCCAUACUAUUCAUUGAUCAGGUUAUCCGCCACCUCUACGAACCUUGAUUGGUAUCAGACAAACCUGCCGGAAGGAAAUCUGCCACAGUGGGUGGAAGAUAUAGGGGAUCAACACGCCCGUCUCGUCUCUCGAUCUGCCGCGCUAUACGGCGUAGACUCGGAUUUCGAGUCAGACUCUGAAAACGGAGACGAUAGGACGAUGCAAGAGGCACCUCCAGCGCCAGCCGAGCCCGUAUUGCAGGUCCACCCUUACCGGUUUCGCCUCUGGGGCCUAGCCAAGUCCCCGGGCGACGGAUGCACUGCCGUGCUCGCGUCAAAGCACGACACCCAGCAUCCUGAUCGCCGGGGCAUCUCAAACGUACACUUUGACUGGCAAGUGCCCGCCGAUACAGAUGACAAGCCUCAGCGUAUCAGAAAAAUCUCCAAGCCACUCACGACUGAAGGUCGAGUGUGGGAGUGGAUGUAUGGCAUGGGAGAAGACGUGCCCGGCGUGACUCCCGGACAGAAAACAUCCACUGCCAGACUACAAAGUAGCCCAUUAAGACAGCUGUUCAAAGACGUGGUGGUGAGACUGCCAUGUGUAUUCUGUAGCACUCAGCUGUCAGUUAAGGACGACGUAGCUACCUGUGAGAAUCGACACGCAUUUGCCAUAUGCGCUACAUCCGGCAUCCCUAUCCUAGCACCAGGCAUCUCCCGCGUGUGCGGCGUCUGCAAGAUGCGCUGCCUCAAGGUAUCUGAGCUGGAGAAACUGGCGGAGGAGUACCUCGGAAGCGUAGACGCAGUGGGGGAUUCACAGGGGGAAGUGUGUGGUGGUUGUGGCGGCAAGUUUGUCAUCUGAGCUGGAUAGGCUGGGGAUUGAUUACUCUUGUUUCUAUUCGAGCAGCAGACGGGGGGUGAAUGGCUCGGGGGAGCAUAUGAUUGCUAAAUUGGCUUGGAAAUAAUGAGCGUGGUGUCCAUACUUUGGAGCUUGGGAUCGGGCUCAAAGUCAAUACCUUGUUUAGACAGAACUUUUCAUAAUCUGGUGUGAAAGAAAAGAAAUUUGAUUUAAUCUGUAUGCUCCAAAUAUG